AAAUCCGUUAAAAAGCUUCAAGACGCCGCUCAAAUCCCGUUUCCUCUUCUCCGCUCACCUGAGCGCACCUUUUGCAAAGCCGCAGCCGCAGCCACAGCGCGUCUUAACUUGUCUCGAAGUGCACAGAGUUUCAAAUGCCGCACGUUCAGUCGCGAGCGAAUCGAGUUGGAGUGCAAACGUCUCAAGCGGAAUCUCAAGUUGUAGCGCUAAACGCAGCGAUCGGAGUGUAGAUAUAUGUAUACAUCUGUGUAUCGCUGAAAUACAAAGUUGAACCAAGUUGGAAUUUGCCACCAGUCGAAAAACAUCUCGAAUCGAAUUAAUAUCUAUAAUUUGCAUAAGGCGCAUCUAAAGACGCGCUCUGUCAGUUAACCCACUUUCUAAACGACCAAACCAAAAAAAAGAAUAAUACUGCGACCGAUAUUCAGCAACAACGAAACCAAUUAACAAGCAAAUAAUGCCUGGCAAAUACACCGAAUAACGUGCAAGUGAUUCAUGGUUUUUUUCUUCCAAGUGAAGUGCCUAAGUAAAUCGAAACAUAGCUAACAACAAACAAAAAAGCUGACUGCAAAACGCACUGGAAGCGAUAACGAUACCUGGAACGCCCCCCACCAACGACUGUCAGUCAGUUGAAACCGCAACUGCAGCAGCAGCAUCUACUGGGCCUGAAACAACAACAGCAAGUACGGAUUGCAAACAGCCCGGAUUGUAAGAACCAAACAAUAGACUGAGGAAAACCAGGCGACCGGUAAAAAACUGCAAGCAGAAUAUGGCCUAAGGUUGUUCAUCAGAGUGAGCAGUAAGCAAAAAGGAAAUCCCUAGCGAUGUCGUCCUCGAUCUGUUCGCACUUUACCCAGAAUGCCUGGAAGAAGGAUUUGUGCUCGAAUUGCUUCAAGUCCAAGGACGAGCACAAGGCAGCCGCUGCAGCAGCCGCCUCCAAAAUGGGUGGCAGUCAUAAGCCAGAGGUUAAAACGGAUUACCCCAACAAGCACAAGACCCCCGCGAAGAGCAUCAUUAAGAAGGCUUUUGGCGUGAGACUGACCAGUUCCACCUCCACCUCAGGAAGUAGUGGCUCUGGAAAAUCCUCAAGCUCAAAGGGCGGAAAGGUGUGCUUUCCCAAGCAGCUCCACGAGGUCAUUGGCUAUGGGGGAGAGUGGUCGGAAGACGAUGAUGACGAUGACGAUCACGAUUUCAUGAAUCUUGGCAAUGAGCACGAUGACAUGGCCAUCACCGAGACAGAUGACGAGGAGACGGUGGAGCUGAAGAGGAUUACCAGGGCCAACACCGACUUCAAUAUGAACAAUGGCAAUCUCCUAGGCGAUGCUGAGGAGAAUAUCAAGAAAUCCUUUGCCGCCCUCAAACUGGGAGCCCCUCAGGUGGACAAGGAGGGCAAGAAGCAGACUUUGACCAUCAAUGUGAUGCCUUUUGGCCAGCCCAUUGGCAAAGCGGCGUCGCCAUCGACCCCAGCAAAAAGUGCGCCGGCGGAAAGCAAAAGCACAGCAGUUGCAACACCGGCUGGGGCAACACCAGCAGCCAAAACCAAACCAGCCACCAUAACCACAACAACAGCCAUCAAAAGCAGUAGUACAACUAUAGCUACGGGAACUGCCAGUGUUACCAAAAAGGUGACCACCACCCUAACGCCCACGCUAACCAUGACCAAAAGCACAACGGGAACGGCCACCACAUCAACAUCAACAGGCACAUCCUCUCGCGAUGGAAAGGAUAGUCCGCCCAUAGAAAGAGCCAUGGAGAAGUCUCUCCUAGACGAGAUUUCCGAGACCUUGGAGCAGAAGCAGAAGCUUAGUGAGACAAGUGCGUCGGCCUCCUCUUCCGGCGGCAACACCAUUUCAACUUCCUCCUCCACCAACACCAAUAGCAAGAUUAAAUUCGAGCUGAGUGCGCUGAGUGAUUCCCCGAAGCCAUUUCUCGACCUUAAGAAGCCCAUUGCGAGGAAUGCACCCAUCACCAGGGACCAGACCAAACCCAAGGUGAAUGUGUGCCACAAAUACUCGGAUACGGACAGCAAUUGCUCGGACACGGAGAAUGGUGUAUCCGCCUACUAUGAUGUGGUGGAGACCCAGUUGAGCUAUGAGAAUCUACCCGAUGGCAAGUACUCCGAACAGGUGGGCGUGGCCACUGCCGCCCAGACGGAGAGUUCCGGUAACUCCCACUACUCCAGCUCUCAAUACAUCACGGAUAUGCUGUUGAGCUCGAAAACCCGGGCGGCCAGCUAUAAUCUCCACGAGGGCAACUUCAUGACAAGCAAAAUCACCUCCGACGGCCUAAUUGUGACCAAGUGCAGCUCGGAUGACGCCCUGGACUCCACGGGCAGCAGCUUUGACGGAAGUUCUGAUGAGGAGAAUGCCUACAAUAUGAUCCGUAGUGAAUCGGAUUCUGGAAUUGGUAUUAGCCUGGGCAGCGAGUACAAGAACUUGGGUUUGGCCAAGGGAACGGCGAUGGGUGGACAACUUCUCUCGGAGAAGAAGCUCAGUGCUAGCACCAAUAACUCGGACUACGAGGAUAUACAGAUUGGUGAUCAGGCAGUGCCCAAGCCGGCUGUCAAGAGCAGGGAGCUCCAUGGCGAACCCGAUGGCAGUGCCGAUCCGGAUAAUAGUCUCGAGCAGAAGCAAAAGCAAUUGUCGUCACCAAAGGAGGUGGAACAACAGCUUCCUGCCCUGCCCAAGUCACCGCCACCACCCAUGAAGAUCGAUGCCAGGCCCUCGUUUCUACAUGGCCUCAAAAAGCCAGAACUGCCGGUGAAACCACUUGUCAAUAGCCAUCCCAACAAUAAUUCGAACACUAACAACCAACUGAAAAGCUUCCUGGGCAAACGGCAACCCAGCUGCGCCGAGCAGCAAUUCAUCAGCCAGCUGCAGUCGGCCAUUUCCAAGUCCAGCGAGAGUCUACAGCUGGCCAAAGAGAAUCUGGCCAAUCUGGUAGCCUCCGACGAGGCCAAGCUGAAAAAGGGCAAAGCCCCGAAUCCGCCGCCAGAGCCAAAGCUGAGCGCUCCGCCCACGCCGGAGCGAGAUUACAGUCUGGUAGUUGAGUUCGAGCAGGCGGCGAAGGCGGCAGCAAAGCCAGCGGAGAAGGCCACGUCAUCGGGUGAGACAUCAUCGUCCGCGUCAUCACCGCCAGGAGAGAAACAGCCAGCAGCAACAGGUGCUGCCACAGCACCUGCAACUGCAUCUAUAACCAGCAACAGCAGUCUGUACACCAGGAAACCAGCUCUUCCGGCGGCGGCGGUGGCAGCUCCUGUCAUCCGGGAGAAGGACAAGCGGGAACGGGCCGUGAUCAAUCCCAAGUUCCGGAGCCUCAACACCUUCGUGAUGCAACGUGCCAAUGCGGCCAAGCAGAUGCAACUCCAGUCAGCCAGCUCCGUUUUGAGCCUAAAACAACCCAUGACGCCAGAGCCAACACCACGGAAUCAGCGUCAUCUCUCCAUGUCGGAGGAAUGUCUGGCCGCCGCUGGCCUGGACAAGAAAUCCCAAUCCCCUUCAGCUUCACCGCCCCAAAAACAAAAGUCCAAGUUCUCCAUUAAAAAGUUUUUGCGCAUGGGAAGCAAUGGAGGUAGCAACAAAACCGGGGAAUCUCUGGGCAAGAAGGAAACCAGCAUGUAUACGGAAAUAUGUACAGGAACGGAAGAGGGCAGUCCCUCUGGGAAACCCCGAUUGGUCAUCAUUCAUCCCAUUGACAUUAAUCCCACGGCCGUGGAGGUGGUGAAGGACAUCACCAAGACCAGUGACUCCGUUUCGGCCCAAACGGUGGCUGUGGUUACGGCCAAGCCUCCUGCCCCGCCCCUUCGAUCGAGCGCCAGUGAGGGGCAGCGCGCCCACGAGGCCAACAAGCCGGCACGCCCACCGCCGCCCAAGAGCGCCGAACUCCGGCGGAAGCAGAAGACCGAGCUGACCGCCACGCUUAGCGCCAGCAGCGUGGACUCCAGUGUCCUGACCCUGACAUCCGGUACCGGAUCCGUCAAGCUGAAGGCCGACAACGUCUACGCCAACUUGGGGGAAAUCCGCUCCUCCAUCGCCCCACGGAAGCCGGAGCGCACGGCCAGUAUGCGGGAGCGGGAGGCCCAGCUGGAACUGGUGCGCAAGCGCGGAGUCCUCACCGACACUAUCUCCAUUUGCUCGUCAAACGGUGACAAUGUAGCCACGGAUCAGGGCAAGACGAUGGCCAAGACAAGUGCCAACACCAUUGGCCAGGAGGCAGGGAAGUCCGUAUCGGCUGCGAACAGUAGGACCAGCACCUUCGAGCGACAGCCGCAGAAGAAGAGCGAGCCGAAGAUGUCCAUCUCCAGCAAACUGGAGAUCUUCGAGCAGCGAUCCCUAGAUGCAGCGGAUGCUGCCCAACGGAGCAGCCUCAAGGAUUCGGUGCGCAAGAUCAACAGCACCAUCGAUAGCUAUCUGAAGGACAAGCGCGACUACGAGAACAUGUACGAGUUCGUCAAGAUGGGUUCUCCGCCGCCACCAACGGCUAAUGGCAAUACCACGCCCACGCCCUCCACAUCAACGCCUCCUCCUCCGCCCACGCGCAGUAACAUUGACCUUUCCGUGGCGGGUCAGAGAUUGACCCAGGCCACGAGACGCAAUAACAUCUACUCGGAUACGGCCUCCAUUGCCAGUUACACGCGCAGCGAGUACGGACCGGUGCGAAACUAUGGAUUGAAUAACAGCUUGGCCAACAUUCCACGCAUCAUCUCGGCCUCCUAUGCAGGCAGUGAGGUGGGCGAGUUCGAUAUCUAUGCUCCGUACAGCUACUACGGAAGCGAGGCGGGCGGCGAUGUGGCCACGGACAUCAACGACAGCGUCUGGGGCAUGCCACAGGCCAACAAGAACCGCAGCAAGGCCACGAAUCGUUUGCGCAUGCGCAAGGGACGCAGUGUCGUGCACAAGACCAUCGAGGAUAACUACACCGCCGUGGUGGUGGCCAAUCACGAGGCCCUCGCCCAGGUGCUAGAUCAGCUUCAGCAAACUCCAGUGGUGCCGACAGCACUGCGUCCUCUGGCCAAUGCCAUCAACUUGCGCUACGAGGACUUCACCAUUCUGGAGGGAACCCAGGCCUUUGUGGUGGGCAAGAAGGCCUUCCAUGCCGCCCUAUGGAGCUCAUCGCCGGUGACCUUGGCCCUGUCGGCGGACUGCAACCAACUGGCCGGAGUGGGUGGUGAACUGAGCCAGCUGACCGGCGGUGUGAGCGACGUGCUCAACCCGGUGACCGAAUUCUGUGACCUGGUGCCCAGCUACCAAUUGCCACUGAUGCCCUCGACGGAGGUGACCCUGCUGCAGGCCACCAUCUCAGUGCUGCCCAGGUUGCAGCUAGAGACCCUCCAAUCGAUCGGAGCAAUACUCAAGGGCAAGUCGCAGGUUCUGGACAAGAGCAACUUCAACUUCCGCGGCUCCAUUCCGAAUCUCAGUGGGCUGAAGGAUGGAAAUGGAUCGCUGGCUGGGAAUCUGAGGAAUGUGGUGUCGGUGCAGAAUCUGAGUACCCUCAACGAGGAAUCCUCGGCCACGUCGAUGGGUGCUGAUGAUGGAUCGGUCAAUGCAAAUGCCAUGCCAGCAUUCGAUGAUGUGAUGACCCGGGAGGUGGCCUUCAUCAUGCUGCAGCUGGUCAACGGAAUGAAGAACCUGCAGGCCAAGGCGAUCGAAGAGACGCCGCUCAGUCUGUCCAAUGUGGUGCUGUCCAAGGACAUGGACAACAAGGAUGCCCAGGCGCGGCUUUGUGUGCUGCAGGGAAACAACAAUGACGACGACGAGCCCAUGGGUACGCUGUGCAAGUGCGCCCACUCCGCCUUGGUCGACAUGCUGCCCGCCACAAAGAUCACCCCCAUCCUGGCGGACAUCCUGCAGCAGGAGCGAGCCGAAUCCCUGUCCAAGGCGAAGGCCGUCCUGGAGUUUGUGCUCUGGGGUCCCUCGGAUGUGGCGCUCACGGGCUCGGUCAAGGAACGGGAACUGGCACUGCAGCGAUGGUUGGAUCUGGAACGGGCCACAGUUCUCCAUGGACUAGUGCGCACCCGGGUCGAGCUGACCGUCUACGACGAGUGUCAUCUGAUGUUCCUCGUCCGCUCCACGGCCAAGAUGAUGAAUGAUGCCGCGAAGAUCGUGUGCAACUACCAGCAGACGAAUGGAUCUGCCAACCAGGACUAGUUCCAGUUAAUCCGCUAGUUAACCCUGCUCAAUGCUAAAGGAAUUAUCUUAUAAAUACUAUACGAAACUGUCAUAGACACUUAGUCCUUAGAGUCAACGAAUGAAAUCUUCUGAAUCGCCCCAUAUAAACAUACUAUAUAUAUUAUCUAUAUUCUUUGCCCAGCGUGCCAAAUUGUUUCGCGCGGAAAUUGUCAUGUAAAAAUAUGCUUAUCGUAUGCAAACUCGAACGAUUUGUGCAACUUUAAUUAAUUUGUAAAAUACUCUUAAGUCAUUAAUCUAAACGAAUAUUUAUAUUUCCCUAUACGAGUACACGUAAAUUUGCAUACUUCAUCAGAUUGCAACUAUUAUACAUAUAUGAUAUGCCAACAAUUUGAUUAGUAAGACAAAACUUUUUGGUGUUUGAACAAAUACAUAUAUAUGGUAAACAUAAAUAAAAUACUGUCUAAAUAAAAAAA